AUGUCGUCCUGUCUGUCGCUGUCGGGGUCGACGGCCUGUUCAGCAUGGAAAAGCUCCAAAGUCUCGCUCAGUUCCAGCCAAUAUGCGAGUUUUCCAUGGCUCGAUGGCGUUUCUAAUCUCACCACAUUCGAUCAAGCCUUGAGCAACUAUGUCGCAAACACAUAUGUCACCUCUAAAUAUGCCGACCAAUUGGGCUGCGAUGGCCUGAACAAAAGCGCCAUGAACGAUUAUUAUGCCCAAUAUACCACCAGUGUCAUCUGCAGCGGUCUCGUUCAGAGCUCCAAGAACGACUGCAGUCUGUCUUCCGCCCAAUCGGAACCACUUUGUGCCGAGACCUGUGCGCUUAUGGCCACCAGCGAGCAAGAGAUUAUGGUCAACAAGGAACUCUGCCCGAAAACCACCAAGGACUAUAUGAAAGAGAUUCGCUCCGAUUUCACCAUUUGCUCCAAUCCAGCCGACUCGCUAACAGGCAGCUGCGUGAGUGGAUCCGACAACGAGCCUAACAACUGUGGUUUCCGCACCAAUACAAUUGGUCUCUGCACCUACUGUGCUUCUAGCUCGCCCAACUCGACCGAUACAUGCUGUUCCAGCUCCAAUGCCACGAGUCGAUGCAGUGGUGUCACCAUUCCAAGCUCAACCGCGACUCUACAGCCGAUCGUCACGACUACCGCCGCUGCCGCUGCAGGUGCUAGCCACGGUCUCUCAGGGGGUCAAAUUGCUGGCAUUGUGGUCGGAUCGGUUGCAGCAGCUGCCAUCAUUGGUGCUCUUUUGGCGUUCCUCUUCAUUUGCACUCGCCGUCGCCGCAAGUCACAACCGGAUGCUGCGCUUAAUCAACCCAACCCACAACGCAAGGGCGCGACACCACCAAUGCAGCAGCAGCAGCCUGAAAGCCCAACAGGAUAUAAUAUGGUUCCUGGAGGCCGUGUUGCUCGCAUGUCCGCUUUGCGUGAGGUUCCCAGCUCCUCCUCACCAGCUUACUCUCGAACAUCUGCCCCGAUGUUCGGCGGUACCAAGUAUAGCGAUUCGUCUGAUUCGGAGGCUAUGGGUGCCAGCCCCGGGGCCAUGUCUCGACGAAUUCCCCCGGUCACUGGAAAGCGUCACGGCUCGCUUUCAAGCAGCUCCGCUCUGGCUGGUCUUGACAGUGACAGCUCACCCCUGUCCGGCACUGCACACCAAUUCUCAUCCCCCGAAGGAGUGACCAGUGGCCAGUCCGAGCAGCUGUCGUACUUCCGUGACUACUACUCGCAAGACGACAUUCAGCCCGGCGACAAGGUGGCUGCGCUGUGGGCAUACUCUCCCCGGGCAGGUGAUGAAUUCGAGCUGGACCGCGGCGAGAUGUUGAAGGUGAUUGGUAUUUGGGACGAUGGCUGGGCCACGGGUGUGCGUCUCGGCGAGCGAGCUGAGGAUUAUGACAUGCAUCGUGAACAGCGUGAUAGUGGAGUCUCCAAUGGCUCACAUCGGCCGGGCCCGUCACCGGUACCCUCCGGCGAGAUCAAAGCCUUCCCGUUGGUAUGUGUCUGCCUGCCUCAGCACUGGCGGAAGAUCAUCGACGGCGGUGUCCAGGAGGACGAUGAUGAAGUUUGA